AUGUUGGAAGAAAGUCAUGAUAAUGGUGACCAGAUUUUACAGGGAGGAGAAAUGUCAAGUGUAACAGUGACGGGCAUAGUCUUGACAGUGACAGUGACUAAGCCAGGUUCAGCUAAACAGAUGCCGAGUUUCCCUCUAGACCUGCCAGAUAAUCUAGUGGUUCUUCUGGUGAAUUCAAAUCAGAGACCAUUAAACUACAGGACACCACAGCUUGCGAAGAGUAGCAUGCAGCGGCGAGGUCUAAGUUUCACCGAGAAUCGAGCUUACCUUAGGGCAUCUGGCUCUCGAUUUGCGCGUUACGUUAAGCCAAGGACCGGCGCCUUGCACAAGUUUGUGGGAAUUGACGGAGACCACAAAGAAGGCGGUGUCGCAUCAUUAGAACAUGCAACAGAAAAUGCUAUGCGGCUCGCCAGCGGGCCGGCGACCCCCAACGUCGUAAACUCGUUUUUAGUGCUGACGAUGGCUCGGAACCUGAUCCAAAAACCCGAAUCUGAACAUGUCAUGAUCCUAGAGAUUCGAACAAGGCCGUCCAUGGACCCCACGGUUAAGAACCCCGCACAGGGAACAGACGUGAAUAGGAAAGCGUCACGGGUCAUCGUAAACUUAUUGAAGGAUCCGGUAUUGCAUCCUGGAGUCAGAGAUUACGUCACGUGCCCACAUUUCCUGGAAGACAAUGUUCCAGAGUGCACACCUGGACGACAGACAGCUAAACAACACUAUGACGUCAUCACCGAGUUGCAUCAUCAUACACACUCUGAGAAUGUAGGCUUAACGCAUGACUGUGUUAAGUUAAAGAAUUUCUUGAUUUCAUACUCUGUAAGAAUUCAGAAGGAAGACAAAGUAGGCCUAAUACCAGCAUCACCCACCCAAAGGUCAUCGAACACGGAGAAAGUGAAUCCUAUAUCCAUUAUCCAGCCAAUAAACAAAAACAAAAUCACACACCAGAUCCAAGACCCACGCCACAUCUCCACGAAGUCCUCCCAACGACGUCAUCUCCACGAAGUCAUCUCCACGAAGUCAUCUCCACGAAGUCAUCUCCACGAAGUCAUCUCCCCCAAACCCUUGCUCCUUGUUGCCACAGUGAAAGUGACUGAGAGCAAAACCACCUCUUCCUCCACUGAAUGUAUGUGGGUCACCACGCCCACGCCCACCUACAGGCACCCACCAGGACAUAUUACCAUGAAUAACUGCGCACGGCGUAUAUCCCCAUCUCAUGCCUUCCCGAACAUGCCACAGACAGGGAUCUCCAUUUCCACCAGGACAAAGGCCUAUGGGGACUUUACGGCAGACCCAUUUAUAACCCGAGUGUUCUGGGUCCAUCUACGCGUCGUGGACCUGAAUGUAGCAUCUUGUCAGCUGGAGGGUCCGGCCGGCGCCACGAGAGAAAACGAGAGUCGGGCCGCCGUUAACCGCAGAGCCGGAGAUACCCAGGACGAAAUCGCCAGCGAAGGGAACAGUUUUUCACAAAGGCGUUUUUUCAGUGUAGAGGAUGAAGCUCUUACUGCUGUUCCUGGGUUAUUUCUCCUGCUCCUCCUCCGGCACCGUGGUCAAUGCAGCUUCCGGUGGCAUUAUCGUAAUAUGAUUGGUCGGGUGUCGGCCAUGCUCCACCAUGUGGCGGCGGCUUCACUUCUCCUCCUGGCAACCCCAGGCCUCGGAAACCUCAGUCCUCAGCCCCUCCCGAGCCCAGUGAACCCUCCUUCCCAUCCCUCUCCCGCUGCCCUCUCCCCCUCUGCCCUCCCCACAGAUCCUCAUGACAUAAUCCCCUCCCUGUCGCAUGACCAGCUGCCCGCCCCCUUGCAUGACACCGACAGCCCAGCGGAGCUCUUCGUCCCUAGUCAUGGUCCUUCUCAAGCCGAGGACCUUAUCUCGCCCCCCCGCACCGAAGACCCGAUCCUCGAGGAGACGGACUCGCCCCCCACCUCUGCCCCUGAGACGCCCCUGCCGCCCUUCGUCCCGUCCCCCGUCGACCCCUACCAGCCCGGCUCUGCGGCUGCCCUCCCCCACCACGGCGUCGGGGAGAGCGACAGCGCGACCGGCCCUCCAACCAACGCCCUCACGUCCUUGCUCCACCUCGCCAACAGCACCGGCGGGUUGUCCAUCACGGAACUUCCCGAGCACAACGCCACUCUCUCCCACGAGGAGUUCAAUAGCAUCCUGACGCGGUUCAGCCUGGACGCCCUUCAAGCUACACAGAUCGCCGAGCGUCUUGGCAUCAGCGGCUCGGGCGUCGCGGCGCUGGAGCAGCACCUCAUGCUCGGAGGGAAUCUGGAGGGCCCUGGAGGACCCGCCGACAGACCCCACGCCCUCCCGCUGGACCGCAACCCCCGGACGACGCCCCAGCGGAGAAGCGGCAACCAGGACUUGUCGCGCGCCACCAAGAGGCUGUUCUUAGGCGAUCAGUCCCUCUGCUACAGCGGUAGUUGCGAGUUCUUCCUCUUCUGCUGGCUCAGCGGGGGCCUGAUCGACGGCGGCUGCGGCGGCUUCCUCUUCGCCUGCUGCACGAGACCCAACAACCGGGGGCAGCGCGGCCACGAGUCGUACCGCGACGACAAGUCGGGCUUCGUCCCCGUCGACUACGGCCCCAUCAGGAACGACAGAGAUUGCGGACUGAGUGCCAGCAGCCGUUUGUCCGCGCAAAGGAGGAUCGUUGGAGGCACGGAAGCUGGGUUCGGCUCCUUCCCUUGGACGGCUUACAUCAGAAUUGGAUCCAGUCGGUGUGGUGGCUCCCUCAUCAACCAGUACCACGUGGUCACUGCUGGGCAUUGUGUAGCGAGGGCUCGAGCACAUCAGAUCCGGGUGACUCUCGGGGACUACAUCCUCAACUCCAACAAGGAACACUUCAACCCACGCAUCUACGGGGCUUCUGAAAUCAAGGUUCAUCCAAACUUCAAGUUCACGCCCCAGGCCGACAGAUUCGACGUGGCCGUGAUCACCCUCGACGCCCCCGUGGCCUACGAACCGCACAUCCAGCCCAUCUGCCUACCGGAGAAGGGGACGGACUGGCUGGGGAGUAUCGCCUGGGCCGCCGGCUGGGGAGCGCUGCAGGCUGGUUCGAAGCUCCGGCCCAAGACACUGCAGGUGGUGGACGUGCCCAUCCUGGACUCCCGCCUGUGCGAGGACUGGCAUCGGCAGCGGGGCAUCAACGUCAUUAUUCACGACGAAAUGAUGUGUGCUGGCUACAACCAGGGCGGGAAGGACUCCUGCCAGGGGGACUCCGGAGGUCCUCUGAUGAUACAGGACGGCGGGCGCUGGUACCUCGCUGGCAUCGUGUCUGCCGGCUACUCGUGCGCUCAGUCCAAGCAGCCAGGAAUUUACCACAAAGUAUCCUACACGUCUGACUGGAUAUCCUACGCUGCGAGAAGCUGAGAGGCAACGAUCUCUCAGAAUACCUAAGGAAAUCUUAUCCCUGGUCUCCUUGGGACCUAUUCUAACCUGGGGGCAGUUAGGGGUCUUGUAUAUAAAGCCCCAGUGUAUGUGAACUUUUUGCGUGGCGAUACUACUCAAAAAAAGAGAGAGAGAAAAAUAGCGAGGUUUUUGAGUUCAGAUUCUCAGGCGUACGAUCAAACUUCAACUGUUUUGGAUGGUGGUUCAUGUUAUGUAUAGUUUUUGGAACUGAAAUAUAAAAGGAAGAAGAAAAAAAUCAGUGAUUGAAGAUUAUGAUAAUGAAGAAAUGUCAGAGAUUAGUUUUUUUUUUGGGUAGUGACGUCACAGAUUUGAAAACCUUUCAGUCAGGGAGCGUCUUUGUGAUGACGUCAUCAAGAUGGAGCCCACUUUCCCUGUGAUACCACCUCAUUAUUUAAUGUAAAAAACUGGUGUUAUUCAAAUUAGCGUAGUGUGAAAAAAACGAUGACAUAAUUAGGUAUCGAAUCCCAUUUCCAGGAAAAUGUCCAUCCGGUUUCAUAAUUUUGAGGGGUCGUGGAUUUACAAAAAAAAGAAAGAAAAAAUCUUGAUUCGGUACGCUGCAAAAAAUAAAUAAUAUAUAUAUAUAUAUAUACAGUUUCAGACUCAGUAUUAUGGAUGCAAUAAAAAGCCUCAGCGUAAAUCUAUUAGAUCAAUGUAGGUUAGGAUUUCGAAGCCACCGAUCCCACGACCUGCAACAGACCUACUCAGGGGGAAUUUUUUUUUCCUAGUUACUGUUACUAUUAUAGCUCAGACUCGGCAUCAGUCUUCCUUAUGUCUUCUGUCCCAUAGAGUAUAUUAGCUUGCCAAAGAAGUGAGGAAGAUGGUGUUCUAAUAUGCAAAAGAGAAAACUAGUUUAGGAAAUCACAGAACAGAAUAUCAAUUAUUUUUUAAAUUUUGUCUUCUGGAUUUCUCGUCGGAAAAUCAUAGAAAAAUGGACUGGAUUCCAAUUUUCUUUUUAAAGCAGUAACUAUUAUUUUUUUGUUUUGCGUGUUGAUUGUGAUAGAAUCCACGCUGUUGACUUAUGGGGCCGCUGGCAGCUCCAUUUAAUUGUUUUAGUAGAUUAUUAGCAAGUAACUUAUCUAUUGCAGUAUAUAAUGAUAAAUACACACGUUUUUUUCCCUUGUGAAAAAACAGGUGAUGAAAAUUAUAAAAAAACAACCGUGUCAAAGGUAUGUGUUGUAUUGUAUAUUAUUAUUAUUUCUUAGGUAUGGCAACAACAUACACAAUGGCUCACAUUUAUGUUUACAGUGCGCAUUGUUUUUUUCGUGGAAGACUGGCAUGCGCAAAGACAGCCGAUGGUUAAGGCAGAAGGCGGGAGAUUUGUUCGAAUUAAUCCUCUCUCACAUAUCGUUUUAGUCCUCAGCUGUUCUUCAGUACUAUUAUUUUUCUCUUAUCAUUAUCACUGCGUUUGUUGUCAGCUCCUUUCGUAUGCAAUCUUCCCAUUUUUUAUUUGUUUUAAUCAUCGUAAUGUUUUGUUCUUGUUGUCUCCGCGGGCUGGUUCCGCAAUGUAUACUUUAUUGUAUAUGAUGUGUAUAUACAAUAUAUAUUUUAAUAUCUGAAAAGAUUUUUUAAAAAACA